AACGUCAGAGGACCUUUGGCACAGUUUUGUCUCUGCAGCAGUGAGAGGCAGCAAGCAAGCGAGGUCCAAGAUGAACAGAGCUUUGAACAAGACGAGCCUGAAACAACUGACUGGUCUCCUUCAGAGGUUUCAGAGCACCUUGGUGGUUGCAGAGCACAACAAUGGAAAGCUAACUCCUAUCACUCUCAAUGCCAUUACUGCUGCCAAUAAGCUGGGAGGAGAGGUGACUUGUCUGGUUGCUGGAACGGACUGUGCAAAGGUUGUGGAACAAAUCAGCAAAGUCCACGGUGUGAAGAAAGUUCUGGUUGCCCAACAUGACUCUUAUAAAGGUUACCUACCAGAGGAGUUGACUCCACUUAUCCUGGCAACACAGAAGCAAUUCAAUUACACCCACAUCUGUGCUGGAGCAUCUGCUUUUGGAAAGAAUCUGCUCCCAAGAGUGGCCGCUAAGUUGGAUGUCGCUCCGGUUUCAGAUAUUAUCGAGAUCAAGUCUCCAGAUACCUUUGUCAGAACCAUAUAUGCUGGAAAUGCUCUCAGCACGGUGAAAUGUAACGAGCCCAUCAAAGUUUUCACUGUGAGAGGGACGUCAUUUGAGGCAGCUUCAACAGAGGGAGGAGAUGCUUCAUCAGAAGAAGUUGCUGCUUCUGCUGCCACUGGAUUGUCUGAGUGGCUCGGACAAAGUCUAACAAAGAGCGACCGUCCAGAGCUGACCGGCGCUAAGGUUGUGGUGUCAGGAGGAAGGGGCUUGAAGAGUGGAGAUAACUUCAAGCUGCUUUAUGACCUUGCAGACAAAAUGAACGCAGCAGUUGGUGCAUCCAGAGCUGCGGUGGAUGCUGGGUAUGUCCCGAAUGACAUGCAGGUUGGACAAACAGGAAAAAUUGUUGCUCCAGAGUUGUACAUUGCUGUCGGGAUCUCAGGCGCUAUUCAACACCUGGCAGGGAUGAAGGACAGCAAGACUAUUGUUGCUAUCAACAAGGACCCAGAAGCUCCAAUCUUCCAGGUGGCUGACUAUGGCUUAGUGGCAGAUCUUUUCAAGGCCGUUCCUGAGAUGACUGAGAAACUGAACAAGUGAGGAGAAAAAAGUACCACCAUACUUCAGGACGUAAUCCAACAGAGAGAAGAAUCAGAGAUCGCCCAUAGGAUACCACAGCAAAUGCCUUAACACCUUUCUAAAGCUGUGGACUUUCAUGUACCUUGUUUUCAUGCAGUAAUAAUUGUUAAAAUCUUGAGUUUGACUGGAAAAUUUCUCAAAUUAGAUAUACAUACAUGCCACAAGGUAUUUUCUGCCUGCAGUAGCACAGGUUGUAAACUAUUUUUCUUGUGCAGUAAAGGACAUCUUUGGUAAUGCUUGGCUUGUCUCUUAACCUCUAACUGUGAGUUGUAGAUCCUAUUUAUCUAGAGGGUUUGUACUUGUUGAAAUGCUCUUGGAUAAUAGUGUAUUAAAUUGACAACUCAUAA